AUGUCUGAAAAAUUGACUUAUAAAGGACGUUUCAUAAAAAAAAAAGUCCUUGAAAAACGACAGAAAGCACUAGCAGCUAUGGCUGAAGCAAAAAAAAAAAGAAAAAGUCCUCAGCAAAUUGGUACUCGGAUAGUAGACGUGGAUGAAUUGAUGGAUAAUUUAAUUUGUUGUCUUUGUGAAAAAGAUUUAUUAUUAAAAAAUAUUGUGAAAGAAUCAAAGUUCGGAUUAAGUUCAGUUUUUAGUAUUAAAUGUGAAAAUUGCUCUACAUUAACUAACGUCAAGACCAGUAAAAAACACAUCACCAAAGAUAACACAAAACAUAGUGAUAUCAAUACAAAAAUUGUAUUAGGUGCAGUACACGCUGGAGUUGGAUAUACUUGUCUAAGAAAAAUUUUGGCUUGCGCUGAUGUACCAAUGAUAUCGCAAGCUCUGUAUAAAAGGUAUGAACGAGAAGUAGGGCCUGUCAUAGAAGAGGUUGCCAAAGAGAGUUGCAAGCGAGCUGCAGAAGAAGAACGUAGUUUGGUAGUUGAAAACAUCGAAAAACUAUGCGAAGAACUGCCCGAAGAAAUUUCACAAGAAAUUUAUAAAGAGUACUUUUUUCUUAAAGCUGCUGUAACAGCUGACGUCUCUUCAACAUCAUCACAUUCUGAUAGUGAAACAUUGGAUUCAGAAUUGCUUUCUUCUACUGCAACUUCUUCACAACCUUCAGAAAAUUUUAAAUCUAAAUUUUUAAAAUUUGAUGAAGCUCUAGGAAACAUUAUUAAUAUUAUUGUUUCCUACGACAUGGGUUGGAGCAAACGUGGAAAUGGUAAAAGUUAUGACAGCUUGAAUGGUUAUGGAGCGAUAAUUGGAUUUUUGCCAGGAAAAGUUUUAGAUUUCAGAACCCGGAAUCGAAAAUGUAAAUUUUGUGAUUCAGGACGGAGUCAAGAGAAGCAUGGCUGUAGACUAAAUUUCAAAGGAAGUGCUAAAGCGAUGGAAGCUGAUGUAGGAGCUGAGUUAAUAAAUGAUAGUUCAAUUUUGAAACAAGCUGGUCUAAAUGUAGGUGUUGUCAUUGGUGACGAUGACAGCUCAAUGAUAGCAACUGUCUGCCGUAGAAGAAGCGCUAAAAUUUUUAAGUUAUCAGACUCUAAUCAUUUAAAAAAGAAUUUCUCGAAAGAAUUGUAUGCAAUGCAAACAGAAUUUAAAGAAAUGAAGAGAAAAAAUGUGAUACCACAUUUGAAAAAAUGUUUUAACUACGCUGUUGCUCAAAAUAAAGGUGAUAGUGUAAAAUUUGCAAAAACUAUUGCUGUGAUUCCAGAUCACGUGUUUGGUGCCCAUGAAAAUUGUGGUACAUGGUGUCACAAUCAUCCUGACAGUUUAAAAAAAGGUAAAAAACAGACGAUUGUCCUCAAAGAUCAACACUUGAAUGCAUCAUUGAAAAAACAUUUUAGUAAAUAUGCCGCAAAUUCAGUUAAAUUUUCAGUAGCUGCUAGUAGUCAGGCAAAUUAA